AUGGCACCCUCAGCAGUCGAAGUCGCCCCUCUGCCCGGAAUCACCUCCCCGGAGGUCGACAAGGUCGGAGUGCCUCCCGGGUUGAAGCUGAUAGCCCCCGAGAAGCUCGAUCUCCGCACCGAUGAAGAAAUCGCAACAUGGCUUCAGCUUCGACAUCCCGUUUCUUCAGAGAAGAACGUCUGGGCCUUCUGGCACUCCGGAUAUACCCAGAUGACCCCUUGGGUCCAGCGAAACAUCAUCAACUGGGUUCGAAGACUCGGACCAGACUGGACUGUACACCUUCUCGACAGAGUGCCAGGAUCUGAAACGAACGUCAGCCACUUCGUUGAGAGUUCAUUCUUCCCUGAUGCCUUCAACAACAAUACGAUGGACGGCCCGCACGUCGGACCGCACUCGGGCGAUCUGGUACGACUGCCGCUUAUCUGGAAGUACGGCGGCAUUUGGAUGGAUGCCGGCUCUUUCCUAUUUCGGCAUGUGGACGACAUUUGCUGGAAGCAGAUCGAGGACCCGGAAUCGCCAUAUGAGAUGUCCGGGUUCGUCAUCGAGAUGCGGCCAGGCGUCAACUGCAUGCUUAAUGGAUUCAUUGCGGCCAAGCGCGGUAACCCUUUCAUCAAGCGCUGGCAUGACAUCUACGUCGCUCUUUGGGAAGGCGUCACGAACUCCGAAGGGUUCCACAAGCACCCUCUCCUGAGACAUCUACCAUUGCUCUCCCCUCCCCUCGACAAGCUGAACUGCCCGGACCUCAACCUCAUGAUGGAGGCCUUCAGCGACUACCUUGCCCACUUCAUGUGCUUCGAGCGUUUACGCAAGCUCAUCGACCCUACGGACGGCUUCAAUGGUGUAGAGUACUAUUCAUACUCGAUGCUUCUGUUCCCGGCCCUACAGGAGACCUACUAUUUUCAACAGGUGACAGGCUGGUCAGGCACGCGCCAGUUCGAGCUUCUCACCACCCAACACACGGGAGAGGGUGUGGUCAAGGACGACAAGUGGGAGGCAGCGGAAUCUUUCGUGAACGACGCGCUUGCCAAUACGUCCACGAUGAAGCUGUCACAUGGCCCAGCGGGGGCCUUGGACUCCUUCCUCGCGGAUUUGUGGGACUCCAAGGAACAUCAGGACAAGGAUAACGUGGAGGGGACGUUCGCUGCGUAUCUACGAUAUGGAAGUGUGCAUUUCGACCAGACGCGGAAGAUGCUGCCGAUGCAGAUAGAGUGGCCUGACGAGGAGGUCCUGGAUGUUGCUGUCCUGGAGCCGAAGGGAGGUGUACAAGGAUAG